AUGUCUCUGCACCGGAGGGAAGCUUUCACCAACAUGGCUCGCUCGCUCGCUCGCUCGGUCCCGCACCCGGCAGCACAACGUCGAUACACCCGCCAACGCCGGCAAGCCGCUGGAAGAGGGGUGGGGAAACAACUCGAUGAACAGAUGCAGCCACAGAGCAACAUACUGUGCAGCGGCACCAACCACUACCUCAUCAAUGAAGUUUGCAGAGAGGGGACCUUUGGCAAAGUUGUCAACGCUGUAAAUAUGAAAACAUCUGAAGAAGUGGCCCUCAAGUUCCUAAAACUUGAGCAAUGUGCUCUACGAGAGAUGAUGAUGCUUGAUGCUUUGAGCACUCUUGACCCAGACAAAACGAACGUGGUCCACUGCAAGGAUAAGUUUCAGGUCCGCGGACAAACCUGUCUGGUGUUUGAAUGGCUGGACAUGAACCUCCACCAGCUGCUGGAACAACGACAUGGAUGUCCGCUGACUCUGAGUGAGAUUCGGCCCAUUGCAUACCAGUUGCUGAUAGCUUUUGAUGCACUGAAGAGCAUCGGGGUGGUCCACACAGACCUCAAACCGGAUAAUGUGAUGCUGGUGGACCACGAAUGUGAGCCCUUCAGGGUGAAACUCAUUGAUUUUGGUAUGUCCUUCAAGACCUCAGGGGACACGUAUGGCAAGAGAACCCAGCCCGUGGGCUACAGGUCACCAGAAGACGCCCUGGGCCUCCCUGUCUCAGAGGCCAUCGAUAUGUGGGGUCUUGGCUGCGUACUACUGUCCCUCUAUCUCGCCAACCACCCGUUUUCGGUCAGCUGCGAGUACCAGGGAGUGAAAGGAUUUGUAGACAUGCUGGGUCUGCCAGCUGACCACCUCCUCAAGGCUGGACUAUACACCAGUCAGUUCUUCAUAGAGGACAAGCACUGGGGCAACCCAGGUUGGUGGCUGAAGACCCCAAGUGAGUACAAACAGGAGACUGGCGUCGAGCCAAUGGAAUGGACGAGUGAUAUUAGACGCCUGGAUGACCUGAUCACACUUCACCCAGUGCUGAAUGGACACAGAGAGCUCCAGGACAGGAGAGCGUUCGUCAGUCUCCUCAAUGGCCUCCUACAGAUUGACCCAAAGAGGAGGCUCACACCAGAGAUGGGUCUCACGCACCCCUUUCUUACAAUGGUCCACCUGAUGGAUAACACGAGAAACCUAUACUCUAUGGAUUGUCUGCACAAAAUGGAGGUCUUAGAUUUGGACGACUACGAUGAUGAGGGCUUUUGCUCCAAUGUUCCACCCUGGGCUCUUCCCUCUAUUUAA